AUGUCUGGAAACUCGGCACGAGUCGGGCACCGGCUUUUGUCUCAUCACCAAGACUCGCUCGGUCAUAAUCCGACGUGCACUCUCACCGUAGCCUGUCAGAUUAACAAGAAGACGUACUCGACAACGUGCCGAGAGAGGAGAACGUGCUCAUCGCUCAAUGUUCUGAAACUCAUCUAUGAUACUGACGGUAUCAACGGCUGGCCGCCUACACACGACCAUUCAUACUGA